AUGUUUAUUGGAGGCCUCAGCUGGGACACCAGCAAGAAAGACUUGACAGAGUAUCUCUCUCGGUUUGGUGAGGUCGUGGAUUGUACCAUUAAAACAGACCCGGUCACUGGGAGGUCGAGAGGGUUUGGAUUCGUGCUCUUCAAGGAUGCUGCCAGUGUGGAGAAGGUAUUGGAACUGAAGGAACACAAGUUGGAUGGGAAAUUAAUAGAUCCUAAAAGAGCAAAAGCCCUAAAAGGGAAGGAGCCACCAAAAAAAGUAUUUGUUGGUGGGCUGAGUCCAGAUACGUCUGAAGAACAGAUUAAGGAGUACUUUGGCGCUUUUGGCGAGAUUGAAAACAUUGAGCUUCCUAUGGACACAAAGACAAAUGAGAGGAGGGGCUUCUGUUUUAUAACAUACACAGAUGAAGAGCCAGUAAAGAAGUUACUAGAAAGCAGAUACCAUCAAAUUGGUUCAGGCAAGUGUGAGAUCAAAGUAGCGCAACCCAAAGAGGUAUACAGGCAACAGCAGCAGCAGCAGAAAGGAGGAAAAAACAACGCGGCUGGUGGGCGAGGAGGUGGAAGGGGGCGUGGACGGGGUCAGGGACAAAACUGGAAUCAAGGCUAUAACAACUACUAUGACCAAGGAUAUGGAAACUACAACAGUGCUUACAGCGAUCAGAGCUACAGUGGCUAUGGAGGAUAUGACUACUCUGGCUACAACUAUCCCAAUUACGGCUAUGGGCCAGGGUACACAGACUACAGUGGUCAGCAGAGCACGUACGGAAAGGCGUCCCGUGGCGGCGGCAACCACCAAAACAACUACCAGCCAUACUAAAGCGGCGCCUAGCACUGGGGGAAUCAGGUAGAAAUACUACAACAAAGCCAUCUUGCAGCACAUCGUGAGUGAAUGGAGGGUGGUCUUCAUGAGAGGAAUUGACUAUUUUGUAAAAGACUUAGUGUAUGACACAACUGUGUCCAACUGUACAUAGUGGCUGACUAGUUUUCUUUUAUGGUUUUUACUUUUAUUUUUGCCAUUCAUGUUAUGACACAAUGUGGACUUGUGUUUAUACAAACUUUAUUUGUAUAAUUUCAUGUUAAAGGAUUGUCUAAUAAAUGCUUACUUAAGUGAACGU